CAUUAACCUUUCGAAUCAUUAAAAAUUAAUGUUUUUCGAAUCCUGUACUAAUUCAGAGGGGCGUCUUCAUUUCUUCAAUAUAAAAAGCAGAUCUGGAUGUUUCAGGAAUCAGUACAGAUCUUCAUCUCGAACUCUGAACAUCGUCAUGGCUUUCAAACUCAUCGCUUUCUUCGCUCUCGUAGCUGUUGCCUCAGCAGCUGUGUUGCCAAAUGGUCAGCUCAUCGCUGAACACGAAGCUCCAGCCCACUACAACUUCGAAUACCAAGUCAACGACCCAACCACUGGAGAUGAAAAACACCAAGAGGAAAGCCGUGAAGGAGAUGCAGUACGUGGUAGCUACUCCUUGGUUGAAGCUGACGGUACCAGGCGUAUUGUAGAAUACACUGCUGACGACCUCAAUGGUUUCCAAGCCGUUGUACACAAAGAACCAGCUGGUGCUCCACUCCCAGCCCCUUCUCCAGUUGUGACUAAAGUUGUUAAGCCAGUUGUCGCUCCAUUCCAUGCUAUCGCCCCAGUUGCUACCGCUCCUUUGGUCACCAAAGUCUCUGCUCUUCCAGCCUACAGAACCUACAAUCCAUACAACCAAUACUACGCUGGAUUCGCCAACCCUUACGCUGUCCAACCAUACGCUGCAUACUCCCACCCCUACAGCCCCUACCUCAACAGAUACAACGUCCACCACUACUAAAUGAAUAUUUCUGUUGAUAAUCUCUCUGUAUAUUUGUAUAAUAAAUGAUAGUAUCAAUUGAAAAGUA